CCCUCGCAGUCCCUCUCCCGGGGGUCGGGGGCGGAGCAGCCUGAGAAGAGAGGAGCAGGGGCGCCCCCAGUGGAGCGUCAAGAUGAGUUCCAGUGCUCUGGUAACCCACCUCCCUGACCCAGGAGCCUGGGCUCCACUUCUCUCUCCAUCCCUCCCCCAUCCUUGGGGAGCCCAGCCGGUACCGCGGGGGCGAGCAGGGGCGGAGCCACCGAGCAGUUAUAGUUGGACCUUCCAGGGGACCGAUUCCUCGCCUGCAGCCUCCUGCGCUCCGACUCCCCGACGCCCCGAUUCCGCCACGAGCCAGACCCAGUCGAGCCAACUCCUGGCCCGCCCCGCCGGGCGGCCGUCAACGUGAGCACCCUGGCGCGGGGCUCGGGGGUACGGGGCCCAUGGCGGGGAGCCCCUGCAAGCCGACCGCUGUUCGCAUUGCUGCUGCUUCUGCUGCUGCUGCCGCUGCCCACCGGCGCCUGGUACAAGCACGUGGCGAGUCCCCGCUACCACACGGUGGGCCGCGCCGCGGGCCUGCUCAUGGGGCUGCGCAGUUCGCCCUACACGUGGCGCCGUGCGCUGCGCGCCCCUGUCGGACCUCUUGCCUGGGACACCCUCGGCCUGGGCGCGUCUCCCCAGGGGCCGUCUGCUAGAGACACCCUCUCCCCGACGCCCGCCGUCCGAGACGCUCUCCUGUUUCCCUCCGGGGUUCAGGCAUUGUGGGAGGCGCGACGCAGGAGCUCCUGCGCAGGGCUCCCCGUCAGUGCGCCCCGGAGCCCGCGCCGGAACCGGAGCCGCGACUGGGCGCCGAUUUCUGGACCUCAGCGGAGCGGGCCAGAGCCUUCGGAGAGCCUCCCGCACAGCCAUGGUCUGCACAGCGAACUGCCUUCGCCGGCCCCCACCUCGCCGCAGGGCCGUCAUGAGCACAGCCUCUGCCCGCGGCGCCCCCGCGCCUGACCCAGGUGCGGUCCCUUCGGCCUCCAGGGCGCGCAGCUCCUGCCAUGCCAGGCUGUCUGGUCAAUAAAACCCGCCUGGUUCCUGCGC